GUAGCGCUGAGCGCGUCCUCGAGACCACGACCUGACGUUAUUAACAACAAGCAGGGAUUCCGCUCAUAGAGGGGCUCGCGUGAACAAACCACUCAAAGAAGAUACAAAGCACACAAAAUCAUUUCGAAAGCAGGGUGAAGGGAUGGAGUUCCCUGUAGAUGUGUUGGUGUCCGGGAGACAUGAGGACUUGGAAAGGUCAGCCCAGAGCUAUAUGAACAAACUGCUUUACAGCAACCCAGAUCACACACAAUACCUUACCCUGCACAGCGCAAGAAAGAUCCAGAUCAGUCCUGCCAAUGUUGGCUUUGUUCCUCUCUAUGGAGCAAACCUCAUACACAAAGUCCUGGCUCUGUUUGCUCCCGAGGACCAGUUCACAGCUGUGGCGUUGUUUUUGGCUGACCAGUGGUACACGGUGGAAGAUGUUCUCAGAACUUCGGAUCCUUCAAGAGAAGGCCUUAUAAAGGUGAGAUCUGUGGGCGAGAGGAUUGUGUUAUAUGUCCUGAACCGCAUCAUUUACCGGACAGGGGAGAUGGCUUUGAACGAGGUGCCGUUCCUAUGCCAUGCAGAAGACGACUACGCCAAAAUCCUCUGGAAGAAUGGGGAGGCGGUUGGCUUCCACUCGGUCAAAUCUAAAGGUAGUUUGUGCAACAGUUUUGUGAGCCAGUGCUACCUACUUCCUGUCAUGGAUUCAAUAUUUGUGCGGAAGGAUCACCGUGGAAAUGGUCAUGGAUUGCAGAUGUUGGAAGACUUUGUGGACUCUUUUAAAGAUGAUGAACUGGGCUUGAAAUACCCCCUGACACAGGCCAUGCAAAGAAUAUGCAGUCGGUAUCUGAGCACAUACCCUGCCGACGUGGAUCUGCUGUGGGAGGUAGAAGGAGUCGGAGGGCCCUACCAGAAAGCCAAAGUGGCGAACAGACUGGCCUCUCUUGCACUAAGAUGCAACCACAGCUCAUGGGUGGCAGACGACAACAAAAAUGGAGAAGUUGUCGUGAAUGAGGUGGAGAUGAACGAAGAGAGCUGCCUGGACAUCACGGAAGAGGUGGUCGCAGUCAACAAACAUCUCAAAGUAGCAGGAGAAAUGGUCGACUUGCCCGUAUCCACACGCACCCGUAGUAGCGGUCACAGACAGAAAAAACGACUGCGGGAGGAACCAGACGAGAGCGCCGGCGAGAACCCACCUGAAAAAAUCAACAGAUCGGCCAAAGAAGAAACUGAGAUGCAACCAGAUGCUGUGGAACCUGAUGCUGUUGUACCUGAAGCUAAAGACGCUGCAGAUGGAGAAACUGAAAGAGAAGGAGAGGAAGAAACAAGCUCUGUUCAAGAUGAUCAGAUUAUGGCAGAACCUGAAAAUCCGGUAAAUGGAGAACUGAGUGACAGCCUGGCAGAGAAGGAGGAGGGUUCAGCAGACACACCGGAGGAUGUCCAGAGCGCUCAGGAGUGCUCUCUAGAGGCCAAACAUGUCAAUCAUAAUGGAACUGCUGAGGAAGAGAUGAUGGAACAUGAGGGAGAGAGUGAAUCACAGGAGGCUCCUGUUGAAAAGGAGGAUGUUAUUGAUAAUCAAUCGGAGGAGCAGACUGCAGAGGUGGAUAUUGUUUCUGAGGGAAAACAGGAAGCAGUUGAGGAGGAACAUGAAGAAGAGAAAGCUUCUUCAGUAAUUAAGGAGAAACCAGAGGAGGAAGUAGCUCCCGCAGUUGAAGAAGAACAGCAAAAAGAUGUGCCUUCUGCAGUUGAAGAGGAACCCGAGGAAGUACCUCAUGCACUUGAACAAGAACAAGAACAAGAUGUAACUUCUGCAGUUGAGGAGGAACCAGAAGAGGAGGUAGCUCCUGUGGUUGAAGAAGCACAGGAAAAAGAAGUAGCCAAUGAUCUAGAUCAUCCCCAGGAAGUUUUUGAGGCAUCCUCUGAGGCUCCAGUCCUCCUAGCUGACAUGGAGGAAGGUGAAUGUGUGUGUUCUUUGCAAGACAGCGAGACAUUAGAGGAUCCAUCAUCCUCUCAACUAGACAAUUCAGUGGAAGAGGCUUCAGGUGCACCUGUUGAAGGAGAGCAUGAAGAGAAGGCCGUCAUGGAGACGGAGGAGCCAACUGUGAGCCAAAACGAGACGGCCAACUGUGAACUACUUGUGGAAAGCCAGUCUGAGGAGACCAAAAAAGAAGAGACGAAUGACAAAGAUGAACAGAACGAAGAGGAGAACACUACCGCCACCACCACAGAAGAUGAGAAGGAAGAAGAAAAAAGCUCAGAAGAAACUUCCGAUUCUCCUGAUGUUCGAGUUCUCAGAGGAGGCAGGAGCAAGUCUGUACCUCCAACUCCAAAACGCACAUCCAGCAGACUGAGCAAAGCUGUGGUCAUAGAGGAGGUAGAAGAAGAGCUGGAGGAGGAAGAGGAGGAGAAACUGACAAGCGCAGAAGAGGAGAAGGGUAGCACAGAAGAAGACGAGGCUCCCGAACACAACUCUGAAGAAGAGGAGGAGCCACCGGUGAUUGACAUGAGGGUGUUGAGGAGGAAAACCAAACUGAUAAAGUCCAUGCCCAGACCAAAGGCAAAGAGACGCAGCAAAAUCUGAGUACACGCAUUCUGCUAUUCUUCGUGGCACUCCGUUACACUUCUCUAACUCUCUUUAAGAGUCUCUAAACACAACACACCUGUGUUAAGCACUACACAGUUGGGGAGUUUUAUAUUUGGGUUAAGGUUAAAAACGGACAGGGUGAGGAUAAUGUUGGUUGUCAUUUCAUUUAGAUUUUGUGAGGAUAAUUUUACUAGUAAAAAAGUGCAGUAUUUUGUAUUAAUGUGUUGUAAGGACCGAGUUUAAAUGCAGUUGGGCGAUGCUGGCAAAUUUCUAACUGAACUUUUUAUCAUUCUUUUUCUUUUUGAUUCACUUCUGCGUUUGAUACUUAUUGACCGGCUGCUUGACCUUGAAAUGACAAUUCACCUAACAAUGAAUGUUCUAUCACGCUUUAUGUUCUGUCCUGUUUUCUGUUACACAAAAAAUGUAUUUUAAAUAUUUAUUAAUCCAUAAUAUAUGUUCAUAGGGAUCACAUCUCCAAAAGUUUAAGAAACUACUUUUUAUUCGCAAAUUAUGAUUGGUUAUUGGAAGAUUUGGGGCACUUGUUUUUUUUCCUUUUUUCUUUGCUAAAAUGCUUGAUUAGUAUGAACAACUGUGUUUGUUCCACAGAAUAGUCGAAAGGGCUAAGAAAUGCAUAAAAGAAAGAAAACAAUGGCUUAAUUUUCAUUUUGUUUGGGGAAUUACUCUUUAAACACUGCUGCUUAACAGCUGCUUAGCUUGCAAUUUUUACAGCCUGAGUUACAAUGUGAAGCUCUUAUAUAAGAUGUGAUGUGGAUUAAGUUUGAAUCAUGUUUGGGGGGAUAUUGUCAGUGUGGGACACAUUAGAAGUUAUUUCCUUUAAGGGCUUUUGUUACGUUUCACCUCACGCAACGUUUUAUUGCAGACAUUCCACAAAUGAAGUGGACUGAACAAAAAAGUUGACUUGACAAAUCACAAAACUACCUUUCAUCUUUGAACUGAAUCACGUGAUGUUGCAUCUGAGGAAUUAUUUUGUUGUGUUAAAGAAGUGUUUGUCUGUACUUAAAAGUAAUUUAUUUUCCAGUUUCUAAACUUUUUUUUUUCAAAAUACUGUGAAUACCCAUGUAUUCACAUAGGUCUAUUCAUAUUUUGUAUGCAGUUAUAGUUGGUCCUGAAAAUGCAAAUAUAAAGUACUUCAAAAACUUAUAAAAAUACUUCAAAAUGUGAUUACACUUAAUUAACAAAUUAUACUGACAUGCAUUUUUUAUAGAAAUGUAUGUCUUAUUUUAAAUAACUCUAAUUCUUAAAUGGUGGAGGUUAUUUGAUGAUAGUCAUUAUGGCUUUAAUUGGCUGGUUGCGGUUUCUCAUCACGUGUUUUUGCAGUUUAUAACCAUUAUCCUUGUACUUCUACAAAUAACCUCAACAAUGACAUUUGUUUUAGGCUAUACUUUUCCUUUUGAUAAAAUCCUGUACCCAUACGUGCUAUAAUAUUACUCAUAACAUUGCAUACAUAUUUUUGUAUUUGUGAAAACUGUGUAGGAAAAGCGUUCACACAAUUUUAGUGUUUGCGUUUUACAGUUGUUUUUGUUUUAUGCAAUGAAAGCCGUCUAUGUUGGAUGCAAUUUCCUGAAUGACCACACGAGGGCGCUGUAGGAUGUUACAAAGCCAUCGCAUAUUUUUAAAAAGCGCUGUUUUUGUUGCUGUGUUUCUCUUAUCAUUAAGUCACGCUUUUUUGGUUUGGGAACAAGAAUGAACGCUUAAAAGUACUGUGCUUUGAAAUAGUUUUCGCAAACUGUGAUGUUUUUUGUGUAGUUAAUAAAUAUUUUUCUUGUA